UGCGCGAUAGAGGAUCUGUGCCGGCUGCGCUCCAGCAGGUCUGCGGAGGAUCCGGGUCCUCUUGGCUCCUCUUCCUCACCGACCCAGGCCCCCUCUGGAGCUCCGGAUCCGGACUCCGGCUGGCUCCCGGUCCCGUCCUGCUGCCGGUCUCCCGACCUGAACUGGAUCCGUUGUGCAUUAUAAUCAAAAACCCAGCUGCGCGCGCGCACGUCCCGUCUGUCUCCACCUGUGAGGACACAUGUCUCAGGUGCACCAUGCGGCUCUGGACCAGCAGCACCAGAACCAGAACCAGUACGACCAGAUCUGCACGCGCAGCAGCAGCGGCGGCUCGUGCGCGGCGCCCCCGCCCACCGAGGCAGCGGAGCGGAGCUUCCCCGGCCAGAGGAGCCGGAGCCCCCGCAGGAAGUGGCAGCUGCUCCCGGGAAGGAACCGGUUCUACUGCGACGGGAGGAUCAUGAUGGCGAGGCAGACCCGGGUCUUCUACCUGACCCUGGUCCUGAUCCUGCUCACCUGCGGGCUGUUCUUCACCUUCGACUGUCCCUUCCUGGCGUCCCACCUGACGCCGGCUAUCCCGGCGGUCGCCGGCGUCCUCUUCGUCUUCGUGAUGGCAACGCUGCUCCGAGCGAGCUUCACCGACCCCGGCGUGCUGCCCCGGGCCACGCCGGACGAGGCCGCCGACCUGGAGGGGCCGACCGACCCGCCCCCCCGCUCCAGGGAGGUGCUGGUCAACGGGCAGACGGUCAGACUGAAAUACUGCUUCACCUGCAGGAUGUUCAGGCCGCCGCGAGCGUCUCACUGCAGCCUGUGUGACAACUGUGUGGAGCGGUUCGACCAUCACUGCCCGUGGGUCGGGAACUGUGUCGGCCGGAGAAACUACCGCUUCUUCUACCUGUUCAUCCUCUCGCUGUCCUUCCUCACGCUCUUCAUCUUCGCCUUCGUCAUCACACACGUCAUCAUCAGAUCGAACCGGACCGGGUUCCUGAGCGCGCUCAAAGACAGUCCGGCCAGCGUCCUGGAGGUGGUGGUGUGUUUCUUCUCCAUCUGGUCCAUUGUGGGUCUGUCCGGGUUCCACACGUACCUGAUCAGCUCCAACCAGACCACCAACGAGGACAUUAAAGGGUCCUGGUCCACCAAGCGAGGGAAAGAUAACUACAACCCCUACAGCUACGGAAACAUCCUGACCAACUGCUGUGCUGCUCUGUGUGGACCUCUGCCCCCCAGUUUGAUUGACAGGAGAGGUUUGAUCCAGUCUGACACGCCACAGACCGUCUCCCAGUCCAACGGGACCGGCCGGCACCACAGUCACAUGUGUGAUCAGGAUCAGUGUCUCCAGAGCACCCAGGUCGUCCUCCAGGCCGCCGCCCCUUUGCUCCACAGCGACCCCGCGGUCCUGGCCCCUCUGCCGGUGAAGACCCCCAUGCUGGGGGGCCCCUGCGCCCACCUGGCCCCUCUGCCGGUGAAGACCCCCAUGCUGGGGGGCCCCUGCACCCACCUGGCCCCUCUGCCGGUGAAGACCACCAUGCUGGGGGGCCCCUGCGCCCACCUGGCCCCUCUGCCGGUGAAGACCACCAUGCUGGGGGGCCCCUGCGCCCACCUGGCCCCUCUGCCGGUGAAGACCACCAUGCUGGGGGGCCCCUGCACCCACCUGGCCCCUCUGCCGGUGAAGACCACCAUGCUGGGGGGCCCCUGCGCCCACCUGGCCCCCUCCCAGCCCUCGCUGCCCUCCUGCGGGGCGGACGUCCUGACCCUCCACCUCCACCACCACCGCCGCCACUUCGUCAGCCCGGAGGAGGCGCUCUGCUCCACGCCGCAGGGCGCCCCGCCAUGCCCCGCCCACCCACACCUGCACCCGCAUCUACCUGGCCCCGCCCCCCUGUACGACCCCGCCAGUCAGGACGCGCUGCACGAGGACUCGGUCCGAGGGCUCGUCAAGCUCAGCUCCGUCUGAACCGCCAUGUUUGACCUCGGACUUCGUCCUCCUCUUCCUCCACCUCCUCCUCUUCCUCCACCACCUCCUCUUCCUCCAC